AUGAGGUGGCAUAAGGAAAGACGAAUUGACGAUGGUGAGUACUUACGUCAUCCGGCUGAUUCUAAAGCUUGGAAAGAUUUUGAUAAAGAGUUUCCAUGGUUUGCUAAUGAUGCAAGAAAUGUUAGGCUUGGUUUAGCUUCUGAUGGAUUCAACCCAUUUGGAAAUAUGAGUAAUGCUUAUAGCAUGUGGCCAGUGAUAUUAAUUCCAUAUAAUUUACCACCAUGGAUGUGUGUGACAACUUACGAUUCUUAUUCUUCAACAAAUUUCCAAUUGCAUGCUUCUAUUCUUUGGACUAUAAAUGAUUUUCCUGCUUAUGGAAAUUUGUCCGGAUGGUCUACUAAAGGAUACAUGGCAUGUCCAAAUUGCAAUGAUGAUGCAUGUUCUCAAAGAUUGAGGAGUAAGUUGGGAUUUUUAGGCCAUCGUCGUUUCUUGCCCACUAACCAUGCAUGGCGUCGAAGCAAAAAAUUUAAUGGGCAUGUGGAGAGUCGAAGUGCACCUCUAGAAUUAUCUGGUGAGGAAGUGUUAAAGCAACUAGAAAGUGUAAGUGACACUCCAUUUGGAAAGCAUCCAAAUAUAAGAAAAAGAAAAAGAAAUCCUGAAGAGCUUAAUUGGAGUAAGAAAAGUAUUUUCUUCAAGCUUCCUUAUUGGAGCAAGCUAAAAUUGAGGCACAAUCUCGAUGUUAUGCACAUUGAGAAAAAUAUUUGUGAUAAUAUCAUUGGAACUUUGUUAAAUAUUGAUGGUAAGAAUAAGGACACAGUGAAAACAAGACAAGAUUUAGAGGAUAUGAAUAUUAGGAAAGAAUUGCAUUUGGUUAAGAGAGCAGAUGGAUCAUAUGAGGUUCCACAUCCAUGUUACAUGCUAACAAGAAAUGAGAGAUUGAAAUUUGCUGAAUUUUUGGAGUCUGUUAAGUUUCCAGAUGGUUAUGCUUCUAACAUAUAUAGAUGUGUAACAACUGAUGGAAAAUUGAUAGGUUUAAAAAGUCAUGAUUGUCAUGUGUUAUUACAAAGAAUACUACCUGUUGGAGUGCGUGGAAGCUUGGGAAAGGAAGUUGCCACUGUGUUAUCUGAGUUAGGUGAUUUCUUUAGGCAGUUAUGUUGUAAAACCUUAAAGUUGACAGAUUUGGAGGCACUACAUAAUAAUAUUGUUAUCAUACUUUGUAAGUUGGAGAUGAUUUAUCCACCGGCCUUCUUUGAUGUCAUGGUACAUUUGGCAAUUCACCUUCCACAAGAGGCUAUCCUUGGGGAGGCAGUUCAAUUUAGGUGGAUGUUUAUGAUUGAAAGGUUCUUGGGCUCUCUUAAACAUUAUGUGAGAAAUAAAGCUCGUCCAGAAGGUUCAAUUGCUGAGGGUUAUGUUGCAAGUGAAUGCUUAACAUUUCUUUCUUUAUACCUUGAUGGAAUAGAAACUCGUUUCAACAAGCAAGAUAGAAAUAAUGAUGGGGAGGCAGUACCUAGGGUGUUACAGUAUACCUUGAGAAUCACACCAAGUAUCUUCGAUGAGAUAAGAGAGAACCAAACUGGGGAUGUCAAGUUGGAGUGA